GGUGCAUCGGAUUUUGGAAAUUGAGAGCUCAAAAGUUCAGAACUCAUCUCAAACCAACAUAUAUGGACGGCGCCAAAUGAGUCGAUACUAACUCAAUCGAUUCAAACAAUGGCAGCCUCCAUCAUGAGGGCAGUAGCCCAACUCCGGGUUGGUCAUGCCCGUCUUCCUCUUCAAAUAUCAACACCUUCCCCGAUAUCACGAAGAUGCUACUCCUCCUUCCUCCGACCUCUCACUCUCACUUACAACAACAACACCGGCACCACCACAAAAAGACCAACCCUCCCCCACCGCAACCUUCCCUUCCAACACCAACCCCACCACCGCCCCUUCUCCCUCCAACCCCUCAUCGACACCGCCACCACCGCCUCCCACACCCUCCUCUCCGCCUCCCAGACCCUGCUCACCACCAUCCACAGCACCACCGGCACGCCCUGGUACGUCAGCAUCCCGCUCUUCGCCCUCACCCUCGGCCUGCUCACGCGCGUGCCGACGACCAUCUACUCGCGGCGGGUCCUCGCGCGGCGGGUGAGGCUCUUCCCGCUGGGGAUGGCGUCGGUGGCUCGGGCGCACGCCGAUGUCGCGGCGGCCGCGCGGGGUGGUGGUUCCAGGCCCAGGGGCGCGCAGCUGCAGGAGAUGGUGAAAGUGGCGGUGCAGCGGGAGGGGAAGCUGAGGGCGCGGCGGUGGGAGGUGCAGGGGUGGAAGGACUGGGCGCCGGCGCUGAUGGUGUUCCCCGUGUGGGUGGUGGGGAUUGAGGGGUUGAGGAGGAUGUGUGGCGGGCCGAAGGGCGUGUUGGGGGCGCUGAUUUAUGGGCCGGAUGCGGGGAAGGCGGUUGGGGAGGGUGCUGCUGCUGGGGGGGUGGCCGGGCAGGUGCCGGUUCCGGGGGCGACGGCGACGGCGCCGGUGGUGGGUGUGGAUGUGGUUUCGCCGGCUACGGGGCAGGAGGGGAUUCUGGGGGCGCUGCCGACUUACGUCGCAGAACCAUCUAUGGCUACGGAGGGCUGUCUAUGGUUCCCCGACUUGACGGUGGCGGACCCGCUCCACGUCCUGCCGUUCGUGCUUUCGGCCAUGCUCUUGUUGAACGUGGUGCCCAGAACGCAAAUGGCGUGGAGGCAGCUCUUGGGUCUCGAGACCCCGCCGGAAACCUGGACCGGCAACACCAAGUGGCGCCUGCGGAUGCAAAGGGCGCUGUUCGUAGUGGCCCUGGCCAUCGGCCCUCUCACCAUCAACCUACCGGCCGCACUCCAUCUCUAUUGGAUCACCUCGGCAACAUUGACCAAGUUGUAUACCACCGUCAUCUCCAAAUUAAUGCCGCUGCCCCAGAAUGUCCGCCCAGCCACGAGGGAAGGGAUGCCUCUUGUCAUGCCGACGCGGGAUGACAAGACGAAGCCAGACGAAAAACGUUGAUUCGGACUGUACAAAAAAGAACGACAGACAUAGCCGAUGAGGCCGACUCCAAACGCCUCCCUGUACAAUAAAAUGAUACC